CUCACGCGCAGCCAUUUUCUUCGGGGCCCGUUAUGCUAACGACUCCUUCAGGGUAGCGAAAGAAAUUUGAAGUGUUUCUGGGUCUGGUUAGCAACUCCGAGGAGAAAAAUGCAUCAGCGUUUAGACUUACAGGUGCCUAACUCAAGGUGUCUUUUAACUUACUCCCUUCGAUUUUAGGAAGAACUAGUAGUAAUAAGUGCAAAGCGUAGGAUACUUAUUAUUACUGAUCUAUUAAAACAUGCUAUGUAGAAGGCAGGACCUAGGCUAGAAGGUGCAAUAGGUAGUAUCCUUCCGCCAGCCCCGAGAAUAGAGUCCUGGUCCUUUUAGCCUGGCUGCCAAGGGGGUGGGGUGUAGGGCGGAAGUUAUGGCGCAGGACCGAAGUCUAGCUGCUGAAGGGCGGAAGUAGAGUCCUGAAGUCUUGCAAUCAUGGCUCAAGAAGAGGAAGAUGUAAGAGAUUACAAUUUGACGGAGGAACAGAAGGCGAUCAAGGACAAGUAUCCUCCGGUCAAUCGAAAGUACGAAUAUGUUUUAGGAUACCCAGCACUCCAGAUGGAGGUUGAGGCAGAAGGAUCAGACCAGCCGGGACUGCAUUGGGAGACUCAGUGUCUAAAAUCAAAGCAGAAUGAGACAAAACACCUAGAAGACUCCUGCCUUGAUUUGGAUCAUACGGCUGAUGUCCAGUUACAUGCAUGGGGAGAUACCCUGGAGGAAGCAUUUGAACAGUGUGCCAUGGCCAUGUUUGGUUACAUGACAGAUACUGGCACUGUGGAACCCCUCCAAACAGUAGAAGUAGAAACCCAAGGAGAUGACUUGCAGUCUCUGCUGUUUCACUUUUUGGAUGAGUGGCUUUACAAGUUCAGUGCUGAUGAAUACUUCAUACCCCGGGAAGUGAAAGUACUCAAUAUUGAUCAAAAAAAUUUCAAGUUACGGUCAAUUGGGUGGGGAGAAGAGUUUUCACUGUCCAAGCACCCCCAGGGAACAGAAGUCAAAGCAAUAACAUACUCGGCAAUGCAAGUCUACAAUGAAGAGAAACCUGAAGUGUUUGUGAUCAUCGACAUUUAAGAUACCUAAGGAAGAAAGGAAGAAAGAAAGAAAGAAAGAAAGAAAGAAAGAAAGAAAGAAAGAAAGAAAGAAAGAAGAAAGACUCUUAGGAAGAUCUGACCCGUUGUCUUCCUUUUAACAAAAUGCAGCGAUUUAUUUUCUAUAGUGUCUUUGCUAAAUGGAACUAGAGAACUGGGAGUUUACAGUGUGACUCCCGAAAUGGAGAACCAGUGUGUAGCCUUGGUCUAUGAGUCCUAGGUAAUGAAUUCUUCGAUUAUUGAGGAA